ACAGCAUCUAUACAGCGACGAUGGCCACAGCAGCACCCCAGAAGACAGUCCCCCCGAGGGCACGACACGCUGCCAACAACCGCAAGUACGGCACUCCUCUCCCCAUCCUCUUCCCACAGCCCCAGUCCACCACCGCCUCCGUCCUGUCCUCUUACCUCCCCUCCUUCGCUGCCAAAGCAGAGCUACUCCAAGCAGUCGGCGACUAUGACCCCAUCACACAGAGUGUAUGGGUAACCGACCGAAAGGGCAUGGACUUGCUCUUCCAAAAAGGUUUCUUUGGAAAAGGUACCCUCUCGCGAUCAGAACCUUCGUGGCGAGAACGCCGGGUCGCGCUCUUGAAAGGAGGGGACGCUCUCGGUGCAGAGCAGAUGAGGGAAAAGAGGCGUCUGGAAAGGAAACAGUUCAAGCAGGACAGAGCUCAGGCAAUGUUGGACGCGGCAAAGAAGGCGGAAGCUAUCGUUGCAGCUGCCAAAGCAGGUGCGCCUGUGCCCUUGGAGCCUGAAGAGGAUGAGCAGGAGGAAGAUCUUGAAGGAGGUGUGUCUUUGGUGGUCGAUGCCAGUGAAGACGUAUCUCGACCCGCUUCGCCGUCGCCUUCGGUGGCUACCACUACUACUGCUAUAGACCAUACGAAUGUCACCGCGCAGACGUUCUUGGUCCGACCCACAAGACCAGAUGCCAACCGAAACAGAGGCAGAAACGCCUUCCGGCGGCGUCCCCCCCCAGCGCAAGCUCAAACACAAACCCCUGGUACAGCUGCUGCCCCAGUCGAGCGCUCUCCCCCGCCUCCUGUUGAAGAAGACGAUGAAGAAGAGGACGACUUGUUUGACGAGUCCCUAGUGGAGGAGAUGGAACAUCUUCAAUUGUCUGCAGAAGAAGCCAUCUUUUGCUCCCUUGCAAUUGGUGCUCUCAGAGUACGCGAUCCUUCAACGCAGGACAUACUCCCACCGGGUCCUGCCCUUCUGUCUCUUCUCCUCCCGCCACCCUCUCCGACACCAUUCCCUUCCUCAAUAGAAGAACACCGCGGUAUACUACUGCCGGAUAACCCUGUUUUAGUGAGCUAUGUGGUCUAUCACCACUUUAGGUCUUUGGGAUGGGUGGUGAAGGAUGGUAUCAAGUUUUGCUGCGACUGGUUGUUGUAUCGUCGAGGUCCUGUCUUCUCUCAUUCAGCGUACGUCUUAGCCCACGGGAUCUUUCGCUUGUUCAAGCUGAAUAAAAUGGCAGAUUUGCAUGUGUUGUCAUCCCGGUAUAUUCCGACCCGGAAGACCAAGCCAAGUCGCCAUAUGGUAAAGAAGAUUGGUAUGACGAACGUUUGAGCUGGAAAUGGAUGAACACAGUCAUUCGAGUCAACGCUCUCGUCCAAAAGAACGUCAUCGCCAUAUAUGUCACCAUCCCCUCCCUCUCCGAGUUCACCACGAGCAAGUUGGCUGAUGGCACACUCGACCCAAAGAGGAACGAUCUGAAGGCUCUCUUGCAGAGAUACACUGUGCGAGAAGUCAGCUUGACACGGUUUGGAGCGACGAGGCGACGAGAUUGAGAGGGUGGAGUGGUGUUUCUCGGCAUAGUGUAUGUCCGCUGUAUAUGUAUAGAUCCAGACAUGGACUUUAGCCUUGAAGGGCAAGACAGUG